ACGACCAGCUGUGCAUCAUGACCAGCCUGUCAUGAUACUUAUUGGAUGCCAUGGUGGCCAACAAACGCUUGCGGUUGCAGGAGCCAGCGGAGGAGUGUCCGUACGAGGUCGGGUCCCGCGUGGUCUUUACGCCUCCCCGAGGCCCCGCGCGCCUGUGUACGGUGUCUUCCGUGACGUCCGAUCUUGGGCGCUGCCACAUCGGCUUGCAGUCCGAAGAAGGUAGUUGGUGUGUGCCUUCCUGCAGCAGCGGAUUGAAGAAGGUCUUGUUGCCCCAAGACAAAGCAGUGCUUCGCCGUCUACUUCAGGGCCUCGAGGCCAAGAGCGAGAGCGAUGCGCUCCGCUUCUCCUCGAAGCAGCGGAAGGCCUUCGAAGCGCUGCGCGGCACCGAACGUCCAGGUUCAAAGCAGGCCGUGCCGAGGCCAGUGCCCACACCUUGGAGCACCUUGCUAAGCCACAUCACAGCAGGCACUAUGACGUGGGAAGAUGCACACAGCGUAUUUCAGUCCUGCUCGAAUGGCGAAAAUCCCUUGCCCUGCAGCUUGUUGUUGGCCCUGGUGCGUGCGGGCAAGGAGCUGGUGCGAUGGGAGCCGAUGCUCCUGCGCUUGAGCGUCCCUGCCGGUCGCCUCGUCAUCCUGGGAGAUACCCAUGGUCACUUGAAAGAUGUUGUGCACAUUUGGAAGACAGAAGGGCUACCAAGCAAAGACUUGGUCUACCUCUUCAACGGUGAUAUUUGUGACCGCGGCGACUCGGAGCGCCGCGGGGGGCAGCGCGCCCUGCAGAUUUGGGCCUCGGUUCUUGCUUACAAGAUUGCCGCGCCCGAGUGCAUCUAUGUGACCAGAGGCAAUCAUGAAGACCGCGACUACUGGCCGCAGUAUGGAGCCACGGGCUUCAGUGGAGAGAUCGAGGCCAAGUACGACCGCUCGGAGGCGGAUGACUUGCUGGACGCCUUUGGCGAGCUAUGCGACCAGUUGCCCUUGGCAGCGGUGGUGCAAGAGCAGUGUCUCGUCCUCCAUGGUGGCCUGCCACGAUGUUGGGCAGACGACCCGAGCCGGUCGCUCCAGGACUUGGAGGCGUUGGAACGUCCCCUGUGCAUCCCGGAGAACGUGGACGGCCGACAGAAGCAGCUCAUCUACGACGCCACCUGGGCUGACCCGCAGAAGGAGAACGGCUUGGGCCCCAACGACCGUGGAGGUGAAGCGAUCUCCUUCGGCCCAGAUGUGACGUGUUCCGUCUUGAAGAGCUUUGGCCUCCAACUACUUCUGCGCUCGCAUGAGCUGCCAGGCCGUGGGAGCGAAGAGUUCAAGGGUCGAGGCUUCGAGUGGUGGCAUGCAUGCGAGGAUGAGAUGGAGGUUUUACUGAAAGGUGCCAAAGGCUUAUGCCUUUCCCUCUUCACAGCCAGCGACUAUUGCGGGUGCUUGGAAGGAAACUCAGGUGCUCGGGUGAUCUUCGAUGGCGAUGGCUUCCACAUCGUUGAGCACCAGGGCUGGGAGGCCGAGCAUGCCUUUCUACAGAGUCAGACCGAGAAGCCCUUUGACCCGGCAGAAGGCAUGCUGUUUGAGGGCCCACUGGAACGCAGUGUCAUCGAGGCGGUGGUGGAGAGGAAGCACGAGCUUCUGGCGGAGUUCAUGGCCUCGGAUGCACCGAAGGACUGGUUGCUUCCCUUGGAGUCCUGGCAAGCCUGUUGCCACCGCGUGUUGCCUCAGAUCCCGUGGCAGGACUUGGUGAACAACAAGAGCAUCGUACCGCUGAGGAGUGGCCAAGUGAACUACAUGCUCUUCUUGACGCGAUAUCAGGUCCGCUUCAGUCACAAGCAAGGCCUCCACGCGAGCUUCCACCGGCGCAUGGCCUCGCAGCUCUUCGCAGGCGUGUUGGAGGCGGAUGCGACGCUCCGCGGCACUUUGGAGUUGCUGGACCCGAUCCUUGGAUCCGAGAUAAGGACCCGGGCGGACAAGAAGUAAUGUAGACUCUUGAUGAAUCACUUCCCCUCCAUUUCAAGAGAGAAAUCCUUUUUCAUUUGGGGGGAGGAACUGGGGAGAGACUUCGCAUCUUUCUGGGGGAGAGCUUGGGUGCGAAACAUGGAACAUCCAUGGAUGUUUCAACAGCCACUUCCCAAUGUAAAGGAGCUCAAGCUGGCACCAUAUUGUCUUAGUAGCUGCCUGAAUGUGGGUGGAUCAGACAAAGAAGGUAUGAAACGAAGAGGUCACUAAAGGGCCUGAAUGAUAUUGGAACAACCAGGAAGGGGCUAUUGGGCGUCGAAGCUGAUCGACCGGGGCCGAUGGACGGUAAGAAUCAGGUGAUGCUUCCAGCAUGGCUGGCGCAGUCGAGCCCGGGGGUUUGGUGAGCCCGGCGGGUUUGGUGAAACCCCAGGGGUUUCGACCUAUCCACAAGCAGAAUCAUCCUCAUGCAGAUGGAAUACGGACCGUUGCCACAGUCUACUCCCAAAGGAGCCUCUACGGAUCAUCGCUUUUGCUGUUUCU